CGCACCGACAGCCAGAAAUGCGGCGACAACAAAGUGGACCGGCCAGCUGCCGCAGUGCGCAUGCGUCUGUCGUCUGCUUCUUGCAGUUACGGACAAUCGGAUUAUUAUUAUUCGUGCGCUGGCUUCUGGCCUGCUUUCAGAGUUGUUCUAAACAGCAGCGAACUGAGCGUCGUGCCGGGGGAAAAUGUAAAAAGAGACAGUGUGCAAAGUCUGAUCCUGUCUGCCACGAAAUUUUUUUUUUAAUUCGACAGACAUUCUGCUCUACGUUCAGUGCGACACAGACACACGAGCAGACGACUCUUGGACAAUUUGGUCGGCGGAGAACACCACUGGCAAGAAGGAGGUCGAAUACUUCAAUGUCGAGUCGUCAGCAACAGCGGCACCUUACAUAGACUGUAGAACCGGCAUCCUUAUGGCCAGCACAGAAGUUCGUAACCAACCUGUGGCAUCGGCCUUGCAGACUAGCCGUCUGGCACUGUCGAAGAAAAAUGUGAAACCUCUUUCUCUCCAACCUGAGCCCUCGUCAUCGCAGACGAACCACGUGCCAAUGUCGUCCCCGAAGAGCAUCUCCAAUCCCCAACUCAGCCGAAUCAUGUCGCGAAAGCUCAGCACAGUGGAGCAGCCAUGGCUGAUGACAGAGGACGCCACAGAAGGAGAACUAGAGAGUUCUAGAAGGACAUGGGCAGACAGAAAUGGAAACAGACCUUUCACCAGCAGCGUAGAUGAAGGGGUCUGGAGUCGAAAAGGGCAGCAACUCCCAAGACGAGCGCUCUCGAUGGUGGAAGACGGGAAAACAGAAAUCCCGCAGCACGCGAAUGGUGGAGGAAGUGACAAUGGAAUGAGACCAGGAGUGGACAAGCUCGGCAUCUCCUUAUCGACGAAAAAUUCCGAAGAAGGCGGUUCGCAGACUACUCCGGAGAUAACCAGCCAAAGCCCGAUUCAGUCGCCUUCAUCCACCUCCUCCUUCACCGCGCAUGCGUGGGACAUGUUCGAGGAGCACGUGCGGGGCAUCGCAGGGAAGUCGGAAUCCUUUGGCCGACGCCAGUCUGCCUCCUUCUCCGCCAGCGACACCUUCCAUCAGACCAUGGUGCAGCUGUUCGGGUCCCCGGACUACGGCACCCCACCACCACCACCAACACCCAGUCCUGCCAAGGUGCGGUCCUUGACGACCUCCACCACCAAGUUUCUCAGCCUCCGGAAGCAAUCUUCCAUGUUGGAGGAGACCCCCAGAGGCAGCAACAGCCACCAAGAGGUCAAUCUGCAAACGGUGGGGAAUGCCAAGCGGGGUUGGCGCAUUCUCAAGCAGCAUGUCCUGGAAACAUCCGCCAACAAAAGGACCAGCCAGGCGGCGCUGUGCUGGGGCAUGCUGCGACAGACGCUCAAAGGUAUGACGGACCGAGAGCGGACACGGUGGGACCUGUACCGGCGGUAUGGUGUGGUGCCGAGCCUUGACGAGGACGGCAAGGUGGUGAUGGAGAACACAAUGCUCAGCGAGAGAGCGAGAAAAGCCUUAGCCAACGGCUCCCGACACCCACUGCUGGCCCACACCUCCAGCAGCGGCAGCACCACCACCACCACUCAGACUUUAUUCGAGGCUCCAGCAUCUUCCACGACAACCACUUCGACUCCCAGCAACGGUGCAGGACGAUCGGAGCGACAGCGAGCCAAGAGUUCCCCACUGAGACACUACCCUUCGGCCACCAGCAACCGUGGACGAGAACCGCAGUCGAGGACUUCACGGCAAAGAAGAGCUUCUGAAGUUCCCUCCAGGUCCCAAUUCCGCACAGAAACCCCCUAAAUGGGAGGUACCAGCAUCAAGAAUGUGGUGGUGUUGCAGAAAAGAGGCGGACUUUUCAGGACUUUGAAUUCAGUGGACCUGUGUGGAUAUAUGUCAUAUAUAUAUAUAUAUAUGUAUUGUUCAUACAACAAUAACUCGUGUCAGAAGAAAGAAUUCAUUUUCCUGCCUGUCGGGUAACAAGAUAACAAGUGAAAGUGGAGGACUUCAAUCAACAAAGAAAUCUUUAUCAGAGCUAAGCUCUGGCUGAUUUGAAGAGUUCGUUUUGAUGCUGCCUGUUUAUCACAAACACGUAUUUGUUAUUUCAGUCAGUGAGAGGUCUCCAACUACAGCUUAUCACCGCAAACUGGUCAAUCGAGGUGUCUGGUUGUCUUGUUGAAAACUGUGGUCCUCAUCUCAGACUUGUCGUCUGUAGUAGUAGAAGAUUUGCUGUUGUGUCGGUUCUGUGCAACUGUAGUUCUUUCACUUUGAGCACCUGUGUGGUUGUUUUUGUCGUGAAGGUGGGGAAGAACAGUUCUAUUUCCUGUUUGAGUUAGAGAAAUAAGAUUAUUGACUUUAUCCGAGAAUGAAAUACUCUGAAAUCAAACGACGACUUUCUCCGGUUCGAAAGUUCAAAGGUUCCAAUUCAGCUAUCGCAUAUUCACUUGCGCGAAUGUAAAACGCAUUUCCUGUUUACAAAAUGCGCAUGCGUGACUCAAUUGUCUCUCUAAAGACGGCAUUCCAAGAAAUGAAAAAUCCAUAAUACGAAACUGAUAUUCCAGAAAACAUUAAAUCUGUGAUAGAACAAAUACGUAUGUGUGUGAGAACCCUGGACUGUGUGUGAUUAGAUGUACAUGAUGUGCGUGUAAAUAUUUCACGAGUAGAUAAUUUAUUUCACCUGUGUAAAGAGGUAUUUUUUCACUUUCGGUAUAGUAUACACAAGUAUUCCUAAAAUGUCAUAAAACCUAAGAUUACUAGGCCUCCUUGUUGGCUCAGUCUGCUGUCGGUUUUUCGUGAGAUUGGGUGAGCAUAGUAAAACUGCAAAACAGAAUAUUUAUUGGAAUAACUGAAAUAAUUUAGGGUUUAAUUUUGUAUAAUACACACAAUUUAAAGAUGCAAACCCAAAAAUAGUUGAAACUGACUGCUGAGCCCGGGGAAGACAUUGUAGAAUUCGAAUAUUUUACAACAAUUUAUUCUUCAUCGAAGUUAUCAAUAUUUUUUAUGCGCUCGUUAAGACUUUAAAUGAAGGAAUUUUUUUCGACGUGUCAGCUGUUCCACGAAGAUGCUGCUGAUGAUGAAGAACAAGAUGGCGGUGGUGGCUCGGCAAGUCAGCCUGGUGCUAAGAAAGAUGAAAAAAGAUCAUUCUAUAAAUAUUUGAAGAAAACCUUUCCCCUUCGAUCUUCAGUCGGUCUUUCGGCCGUUGAGACCUAAGCUGAGAUUUUUAAAAUGUUAAGAGGUUAGGAAAGGACGAUGAAAAGAAUGUUUUUUUUUUAAUACAAAGCAAGUAUUUAUAGGAUUAUGAAUAACAUUUUAAGAAUGAUUUUUUUUUCUUGGAUCGAUUUUGUGUGCGCUGCUAUUAGAGAAUGUUCUAGAAACGACUGUAUUGUUCUCUCGUCAACAUCCAUGCUAUUGUUAGACUAAAACGAUAAGAAGGAUGCGAAGGGAAGCAGAAUAAGGAAUAAAACAGUAAAGGGAUGUGUAUCUGUGUAUCUGGAUACUGAUGUGUAUCUGUGUACCUGUGAAUCUGUGUGUGUGUUGGUAUACGCGUGCGCGCGUGUGUAAGCUUAAAAAUUGACAAUUACAAUUAUUAUUCUGCGAUAACAGAAAACAAGAUGUUCGUUUCUAUGUUCAACUCAUAAAACAAAGGGCAUUGUGUUCAACUAAGAGACUUCUUCAAUUACCAAAUAGACGAUUACGAAAAAUUGUGCUGACGGGACCAAAAGUUUGGCUUAAACAGUUUAUAUCUUGUUUAAAACAAUUUUUUGUAAGUUCUGAAAUUGUUAUGCACUGUGCUUCUAUAAAACUGAUUACCUCAACAGAUUCAAGGUUCACAAGUGUUUAAAUAACUGAAUGAUUGAAGAAAUGUGCAACUGGCCCCUGAUACCUGCACUUGCAUGCCUAAUGAACUGUUAUUUCUUGAAAGGCACGGCUGAUUUCACGGAUUUCCCACAAUGGAUUGUUGGCACACACAGAAAGAAAACAUCCUGUUUACUCCUAAGCCAGUUCGUC